GUGAUGAUUCAUUAUGGUUUAAGCGACAACAAAGUACUUAAUUAUUACUUUAAUACAUAAAAAAAAUCAAAAUUUACUAGUCUUGCAUCACUAACAAGUAUAAAUUAGUUAUAUAGAUUACGACUUUAUGUCUCACAGUAGGUCAGACAACAGCUAAUUUUCUGUUCGUUUUCAUACAGUUUUAUUUAUCGACGGAAAACGUUUGAUUUGUCACAGCUGUCGGGAGAUGUAUUGAAUCGAAGUUUACUAAAUAGCGCCUUUUCUUUUCUUUUUUUUUCCGCAACCGAUUAAAUGUAAUAGAAUUUUUAAAAUAUCCACUAAAAUAUUAUAUCAAAAAGAGUGUUUUUAUUGAAAAGACUGAGAACUUUUUCAGUGCAAUGAUACAAGAUUUAAAUGUUGCAUCAUUGUGAUUUGUUUAAUGAAAUUUCAGUUUUUCCAUUUAAACUGUUUUCAAGACUGAUAGGAUUUGAUUUUAACCUUCUUCUUGUUGAAAGAAAAUCCUCGCAAUAAAGAUGAAUUCUCUGUUAUUCUUGAUUUUAUCGUACUAAGUGGUGGUGAAAAUUUCUGAGACAAUUUUUGUAUGAAGACACAGAUUUUAUUCGUGAAAAGGAAAUUCUCAUGGAUUGUUUAACAUUCUGAUCUCAUUAAACAUAAUAGCUGUAGACUAAAAUGAAUGCUAAUCAUGGUCAUAACUUUUUCAUAAAUACUGACUCUGAACAUCCUAGUGAGCAUGAGACAUUUUCUACGCUACAGAGUUCAAUGGAGUCUCUUUGGGGUGAAUUAUAUAAAGCAAAUGUAACACCUACUCCAAAUGUGCAGGAAGGUUUUUGUAAACUAAUAUUAUAUGAGGAGAUUAUACACACAGGGAUUAGAAUUUGGGAUCUUUCAAUCUUGGUACCAAAUGUUUUGUUUUUGCUUUUUAUGCUCAUAAGAUGUAACAGGGCACGACUGAAGUUGCGAGCAACAAACAGUCCAAUAUUUUCGACUUUUUACAUUCUGGUAGCCUUAAAUGCUGCAGUUAGUGUUUUACGUUGCAUUGUUGCAAUGACAGUGAAUGCUGCUAUUCCAAUUAAUGAAAUCACAGACAAGGUUCUCUGGGUUGUUGUUCGAUGCUUCCUACUGGCAACAGAAAUAAGUGUUUUGAUCUUUGGACUUGCUUUUGGACAUCUGGAUAGUCAGACCAGCAUACGAAGAAUUCUGCUUGUGACAACAUGUGUUUCGUUAGUUUAUUCUGGACUUCAAGGUGCACUUGAAAUUACUGUCCCUGACGAGACAUUUUUUUCCUUGUAUAAACAAAAGGGAUUAUUUGGUCAUGGAGGAAUGCUGUUUUGGUUUAUUAGUUCAAUUGUAUUCAGUCUGGUAUAUCUUAUUGUUUUAAUCCUUCCUUGGACUAGAUUACGGGAUAGACUUGCCCUACCAACCAAACCCUCUUUUUACUGGUAUAUACUAUUCUUGGAUCUGUUAAACAUAUUUCAAGCCAUUGGAAGUGGUUUAUUGUAUUAUAGGCAAGAACCUGGAUUAUGUGUAGUUGAUGUUACUGCCUAUAUAUAUUUCACCAUUUUUACGCCCUUGGUUUACAGAACAUUCCUGGCUGAUUUUUUCAGUGUCACUCAGCCCAGCAUUAUGUUUUCCUAUAAAGCUCAAGUAGAUGAUGUAGUAGAAGAUGAUAAUGUCAGCUUGCCACAUCAACUCUCUUGUUCAUCAUUGAAAACAGAUUCGGAUUACAUUUAUCAGAACAAUUCCUUGUAUGAUAGUACUCAUUUUGAUGCAGCUAAUAUCAACCCCCUAUAUAUACAUUCCCUUCAGUCUCCUGACAGUUUUAAUGGAUUUGAAGCUCCAAGCAUGGCAGGUAGUAUUAAUUCCAGCCCGGCACCUCAACAACAAUAUCAACAAGUCCCUGCAUCAUCCAACGUUAAAAAAACAUCACCUUGAAGGUGUUAGAUUCUUAUACUAUAUUAAUUUAAAUCAUAAUGCUUGCCUGGCAUCAUUACACAUUUAGCAUGGUUUGUUCGUUAGCUUAGUCUUAAUGUACCUCAUAUAUAUAUAUGUAUUAGAUAAAAUUUGUUGCAACUUCUGUUUGUAAAGAAUUAUUAAAUGUUUUUAUUUAUGCAUUUUGACUAUAUUUCUCGCAAGUCGCCAUGACAUGAGUUUAGAUAUUUAUCAACAAAUGGCUUUAAAAGUGUAAUAUUUUCUUAUAUUCCAUGUAGUUUUUCUUUAAAGGAAAUUGCAUGUUUUAAUAGCAUCUUUUAAAUGUGAUUUUUUUCUCCAUGAAGAUAAUCAAUUCUCAUGUAAUUUGCUAGUCAUUUAUUUCUACACAAGCUUUUUAUUAAUUCUUUCAUUGCCUUUUUUCACAUAUUAAAAUUAUGAAAAAAAAAUCAGUUUUUUAAAAAAUAAAUGUUUGUCUCUCUUUUUUUUUUUUUUUUUUUUUUUGCAAAAAUUGAUUAUGUUAUUCUUUUUGUUUCAUUUUAAACGAAAUCUCAUUGCCAAUUAAACAUGAGGGGUGAAAUUAUCUUUGUAAUUAUAUUAAUUUGCUUGUAUGUAAAUAUUAAAGGAAUUAUGUAUAUAUAUGUAAUCAUCAAAAUGUUAAUAUUUAUUAGUGCAAAUAUGAAGGAAAUUUUUCAGAUGUACAUAAAAGGAAUCAGCAUUACUUAAUACAUUGGCAUAUUUUACCAGAUCUGUUUAUAAAUAACUUUCCAUGAAAAUCUAUAUUUCCAAUUUUAAGACAUUUAUUUCAAUUGAUUAUUCUUUUUAAAGUUAAAAUAAGAACUUAUGUGUACAAUUUUUAUUCAUUUAUUUUUAUGAAAAUUAAGUACUGUUAAAUAUUUGUGAUACAUAAACUGUUAUUCAAAGUUAAAAUUUGAAUAUAUGCAUAUAUGUUUUUAGAGAUUAGUGAAAAUAUUUGUUGGGAAUUGUAAAUAUUAUAUUUAUUCUUGCAUAUUCUUUUUAUUUUGUUCCAAAGAAAUUUGAUACUACUUAAAAACAUGUACAUAUCUCUCCAACUUUGUUUUGAUAAACGUUUUUAUGUUUAAUAUUUAUUUAUGUACAGAUAUUUUACUUUAAAAUA